AGAAAUAAACAAAGAAACCUUUCCGACCUGCUUCGGGGAAAAAAAAUGGCGGAGAUGGCGUCGUCGGGGGGUGAAGAAGCGUCGAUGGAGCAGCAAACGAAAAAGCAAGAAUCGCAGGCGUCAUCAUUAUCAUCAAUAACGUCAAUGGCGGAGGAUCUCCAAAGUAGUGUGAUCCAAUCAACUCGUUCUCUCCAGCAAAACUCUUCCGCCCAUCUCCGCACCUUACAGGAUUUCGUACCGCGUGCGGUGUCCCGGUGUAAAAGCUAUGAGGACGCUUUCUUCAUCAAAAUCAAAGAUGAGUUGAAGAGGGCGAGGGAACAUCCAGGUGCGGCUGUAGGGGUUGCAGCAACCGCUGCUUUCCUUCUUAUACCAGGCCCGAGAAGGUUUUUGUUUCGUCAUACAUUGGGUCGACUACAAAGCGAGGAGGCCCAGUUUGUUAGAGCUGAAAAGAAUGUGAAGGAGUUGAACAUUUCUGUUGAUCUCAUGAAGAAGGAGAGCAGAAAGUUGCUCGAAAGGGCAGCGCUUGCUGAAAAGGACAUGAACUACGGCCAUACUGAGCUCAUGAAGGCUGGAAGUGAAAUUCAAGACCUUGCGGAAUCAGUUUAUGCGGUUGAAGCUCAAGCCUCAGAUUUGAUGGAUGGGCUGCGAGAAUACCCUGGUAGGGAGGCUUUGAAACUUCGAGCAGAGGUUGCUUCUAUGGCAUCACUUCUGAAACAGCAGAGAGAUAAGUUGCACAAAGAGAUAAUGAAGAUUUCUGAAUUAGGGGUUCCCGUGUAAUAAAUAAGAGAAAUAUCUUGAUGACAUUCCUUGGGUACCCUUCCUUUUCUUUUCUUUUUUUGCCCUUUUUCCUCCUUUUUUGUAUUCCUCCAAUGUUAUACGUGAGGAAAGGAGAUACGUGCUAGGAGUAUAUUGGGAUUUUCACUUUCCCAUAUUUGUAAUGCUUUUUGGUGAAUUUAUAUUUUUAAGCAGAAGCAGAACAGAAUUGCAUAUAA